GUGGGCGGGGUUUAACGGUUUGCUGGUUCGAGUCUCCUGAUCCUCUAAUCAGUGACGCGGUGGAGGAUCAGAGGAGCCGCUGCGAGGAGGGACGGGUCGGGGGCCACUAGACCUCCACUAGAACCUCCAGUAGCCACAACCAGCCCUCUACUAGCCACCUCUAGUCCUCUACCAGCCCUCCAGGGACCCGCCAGGAGCCACCGACCCGCCACCCGCCGGUGCGUCAUGGCUGAUCGUGCGUAAUUCCAGCCGGAGCUGCGCGAGGCUGGACGGUUCGGGGGCCACUAGUCCUCCAGGAGCCACCACUAACCAUUCACUAGCCACCACUAGUCCUCCACUAACCCUCCGGGGACCCGCCGGGAGCCACAGACCCGCCACCCGCCGGUGAUCCGCCGGUGCGUCAUGGCUGAUCGUGCGUAAAACCAGCCGGAACUGCUGGAUAAUCGGCGCUCUGCGCCCUGACCGGUUCCCCGGGUCAGAACCGGAGUCCAGGAGGACCAGAAACCCGGACCAGGACCAGAACCAGAACCAGACCAGGAACCCGGUUUAACUCCAGAAAGUUCGGACCAGGAACCCGGUUUAACUCCAACCCUAACCCUCCGUCCCGGAGGGUCGGACACUUGUUGGUCCCGCGGCUGCUGCGGUUGUGACCCGUUUCCACCCCUGUUCCGAGCCGGUUCCGACCCGGUUCCUCCCCGCCAGCAUGAUGUCCUACAUCAAGCAGCCGCACUACAUGACCGGGCUGAACCUGCACGGUACCGGGACCGGAUUGGACGUGCUGCACACCACGGUGGCGUAUCCGCCGACCCCCAGGAAGCAGCGGCGCGAGCGAACCACUUUCACCCGGACCCAGCUGGACAUCCUGGAGAACCUGUUCUCCAAAACCCGCUACCCCGACAUCUUCAUGAGGGAGGAGGUGGCGCUGAAGAUCAACCUGCCGGAGUCCCGGGUGCAGGUCUGGUUUAAGAACCGUCGAGCUAAGUGCCGGCAGCAGCAGCAGCAGAGCAGCGGCCAGUCCAAGCCCCGCCCCCCCAAGAAGAAGGCGUCGCCGGCGUCGGAGCCCGGCGUUCCCGACCCCGUUCCCAACCCGGUUCCCAACCCGGCGGGCGGCUACAGCCCGUCCUCGGCCGGGCAGGGCCCCGUUCUGGGGGGGCCCGUCCUGGGGGGCCCCGGCACCUCGUCCUCCUCCAUCUGGAGCCCGGCCAUCUCCCCGCUGCCCGACCCGCUGGCGUCGUCAACGGCGCCCUGCAUGCAGCGGCCCUCGCCGUACGGCCUGGGCUACGGCGGGCCGGCGGCGAGCUACGGCGGACCGGCGGCGGGCUACGGCGGGCCGGCGGUGGGCUACGCGCAGGGCUACGCCAGCACCACCUCCUACUUCACGGGCCUGGACUGCAGCGCCUACCUGUCGCCCAUGCACUCGCAGCUGUCGGGCAGCGGCGGCGCGCUCAGCCCCGUGGCCGUACCCUCCAUGGGCGGCGCGCUCAGCCCCGUGGCCGUGCCCUCCAUGGGCGGCUCGCUGAGCCAGUCCCCCGCCUCGCUGUCCUCGCAGGGCUACGCCAGCGCCGCCUCGUCGCUCGGCUUCACCUCCGUCGACUGCCUGGACUACAAGGACCAGCAGGCCUGGAAACUGGGCUUCACGGCCAUGGACGUCCUGGACCACAAGGACCAGAACUCCUGGAAGUUCCAGGUCCUCUAGAGAUGGCGCUUUUACGCUGGUAGCUACUCAGCGAGACUCGACUCGCCCCCGUUUUGAGCACAAACUAACAACGUUAAAAAGCUGCUUGAAUAAAAAGGGUUACAGAAAUUGGCGAGCCAGCCAGGAGGACUAAUUUCGCCUUUUUUCUCGACAUUUCAACUUUAUUCACAAAAAUUUGACUUUUUUCUCGACAUUUCAACUCUAUUCACGAAAAUUUUGACUUUUUUCUCGACAUUUCGACUUUUUUCUUGAAAUUGUACUUCAACAUUAAUCUUGACAUUUCGACUUUUUUCUCAACAUUUCGACUUUUUUCUCGACAUUUAGACUUUUUUCUCAACAUUUCGACUUUUUUCUUAAAGUGCGUAAUGAGAAAAGCCCUGAGCUACGGCGGAGGCCGCUCCACCGGAGCGACACGAACAACCGAUUCCUGCUCCUCCUUCAUAAGAUGUAGCUCGUUUUAUCUUUUUAAACUUUCGUAGAGAUGCAAUAGUUUGGAGUUGGUUUGGAACUGGAAGGACCAGCGACGUCAUUGACUCCGUUUCCAUGCAUCAAUAACCCUUUUCUAACCGGAAUAUGAGCAAUAACCCAGUUACACGGCCAUGUAAACACCAAUAACCCUUUUGAAUAACCAGAAUAUUUGGUCAUGUUUAGCCUAACGGGAUUUCCCCAUCAAAAGGAACAGGAAUCUGUUUUCUACAUGUUUUUUUCACAAGGAAUCCUGGUCUUUUGAGUCCAGGAAGUUCUUCUAAACACGGAGAAACCAAGACCAGGAGGAGACUAAUCACUUCAUAAAUGUAAUGAAGGAUAUGAACAUUUCUGCAUUUCUAGACAGUAGAAAGUACCGGGAUAGAAGAUUUACAAGAAGGUGAGAGAGAAGUUGAAGCAGCAUUUGUAGGAACGCCAGACCAGAUCAAGCUCCGCUGGAAGACGCUGGAAAAUAAACUUCUACUGGCUGUUGAUUAUCCACCGUGCUGCUGUUGUUGUUGUAGUUGUUUUGGAUUUGGAUACAGGAAGAAGAAGCAGAAAUGACGGGAAUUGCAUCAUCACGUUCUCCGUACAUCGCUGGUUUGAUCCAGAUAUCCCAAAUGAUUACAAUCAUUUGACUGAAUUUUGACAGCAUGGAAACGUAGUCACUGAUGCUAACGUCAUGCUAACGCAACGCUAACGUCAUGCUAACGAAGUGCUAACGACAUGCUAACGACAUGCUAACGACAUGCUAACGCUACGAUAAUGUCUGCCGUCGUCGUCCAGGAGAAAUAAAGAAGCUAAAGCCUUUCAAGAGUUUGCAGGGAAAAACAAAACAAUGGAGUCCUAUCUGGAAUUCACUGAUAAACACACACACAUAUAUAUAUAUAUAUAUAUAUAUAUAUAUAUAUAUAUACAUAUAUAUAUAUAUAUAUAUAUAUAUGUAUAUAUAUAUAAACACACACACACACGUAUAUAAACACACACCUCUAAAUCAUGUUUUAGACUUGAAUGGUCCUAUGGGGGAUCAGGGUUACAUUAUUUAUAAACUUUUACGACUUUAUGCUACUUUUAGGGAAAGUAUUUUGAGUUUAGACGUUUUUUUGGGGAACUUGUGUGACGUAAAACCGUGUUAUCCGUAGUUUGACCCGUGUUAUUACACUGCAAAAAUUCAAAAUCUUACCAGGAAUAUUUGUCUUAUUUCUAGUUAAAAUGUUUCAUUUUUAGUCAAAAAAUCUCAUUCCACCUAAAACGAGACUCAUCACUGGAAAAAUAAUUUGUUAUUUGACAAUUUUCACCUGUUUCAAGUAAAUUUUUACUUGAAAUAAGUAGAAAAAUCUGCCAGUGGAACAAGAUUUAUCUUCUCAUUACAAGCAAAAAAAUCUUGUUCCACUGGCAGAUUUUUCUACUUAUUUCAAGUGAAAAUCUACUUGAAACAGGUGAAAAUUGUUGUUUUUUGAGUUGUUGAGUCUUGUCUUAAGUGUAAUGACAUUUUUUUUUAACUAAAAAUGAGACGUUCUAACUAGAAAUAAGACGGAUAUUCUUGUUAAGAUGUUGAGUUUUUGCAGUGUACUUGUUUUUUUUUAAGGGAAAUAAAUAAAUAUUGUUUUAGAUGUGUGAUAUAUGACAGUAAUGUAUAUUUUAAAGGCACUAGUGCACUAAUGCUAGUUUGGAGGGUUUUUUUAGCGGCUGAAUCGUCGGCUGAAUGUAAAGACGUCGCUGGAACCGUCGCAGGUUCGUUGCUCGUCAAACGUCCGUCUUGGUUAUUUUGGUUGAUCUGUUUCUGGGAGCGUCUCAAUCCUCUUAGCCUCCUCCAGCGAUGCUAAGUGAAUUAGUCGGGAUUAUUUCCCCACGUCCUCCCGUCCUCCCUUCCUCCCCUCCGUUCCCGUCUUUCUUGUCGUUUCCCCUUCAUCUUGUAACCUUCACCUCUUUUUUCAUGUUAUUCUGCCUUUCUGCCCCGUUGAGUGCACUGCAAAAACUUAAACUCUUAACAAGAAUAUUUGUCUUAUUUCUAGUUAAAAUGUCUCAUUUUUAGUCAAAAAACAUCUCAUUACACUUAAAACAAGACUCAUCACUGGAAAAAACAACAAUUUCCACCUGUUUCAAGUAGAUUUUCACUUAAAAUAAGUAGAAAAAUCUGCCAGUGGAACAAGAUUUUUUUGCUUGUAAUGAGAAGACCCUAACCCUAACCCUACUUAUUUCAAGUGAAAAUUUACUUGAAACAGGUGAAAAUUGUCAAAUAACAAGUUAUUUUUCUGGUCAUGACUCUUGUUUUAAGUGUAAUGAGAUUUUUUGACAAAAAAUUAGACAUUUUAACCAAUAUUCCUGGUAAAAUUUGAAGUUUUUGCAGUUUAUAUAUAUAUAUCUUGUCUUCUGCUCCAACAAAAACACCAGAAUGACUGACAACCGUCGUUCAAGUGAAGUUAAAUAAAAUCCUUUUACUA